AUGGACAGUCCAAUAGACGAGAGCAGCAGCCUGGAGGGCAGCAGCAGCAGCAGCAGCAGCAGCAGCAGCAGAGCCAACAGCAGCAACAGCCUCAAUUUGAAUGAAGACAGCGAUAGUUUCACCAGCUUCACAGGCUUAGGGGCGAUGCCUGCUGCAGCAGAAGCAGCAGCAGCAGCAGCAACAGCAGCAACAGCAGCAACACCAGCAGCAACAGCAGCAGAAGCAGCCCACCCAGUGACUGCUGCGCCAGCUGCAGCAGCAGCAGCAGCAGCACAGAAGGAAGCAGCAGAAGCUGCUGCUUCAGCUUGUGGGGAGAAACUUCUGUGUUCUCCCAGCAGCAGUCAGCUUGAGCUUGCAGCAGCAGCAGCAGCAACUGGAGCAGCAGCAGCAGAAGCAGCAGCAGCAAAUGUUCUACCAGACACAGCUGCAAGCAAAGGAGCUGCAGCAGCUGAAAUAGCAGCAGCAGCAGCAGCAGCAGCAGCAGCAGCAACAGCUGCAGAUCCAGCAGCAACGGGAGCGGCAGCAUAUAACGAUGCAGAAAAAGCAGUAGCAGCAGCAGCAGCAGCAGCAGCAGCAGCGGCAGCAGCAACAGCAGAAACAGCAGCAGCAGCAGCAAGAGACGCAGCAACAGCCGACACUGCAGCAGCAGAAGAAAAGACAGAAAUGACAGCAAAAGCAGCAGCAGCAGCAGCAGAAUUGAAAGUGGAGUCGAUAGAGGAAGGAGCCGAGGCAGCAGCAGCAGCAGCAACAGCAGCAGCAGCAACAGCAGCAGCAGCAGCAGCAGCAGCAACAGCACCGGCUGCAAAGGCAGAAGCAGCAGACGCGCUGGCGGCAGCAAAAGUUGAAGAGACAGCAGCAGAAGCAGUAAAUGCCGCAGCUGCAUCAAUGCAAAACUCAGCUGCAGCAGCAGCAGCAGCAGCAGCAGCAGCAGCAGCAGCAGAAGACCCAAGUGCAGCAGCAGCAGCAGCAGCAGAGACAAUCGCACAGGCAGCACAAAACCUUGAAGCUGCGCCAGCACAUGCAGCAGCAGCAAAUGCAGCAGCAGCAGAUGCAGCAGCAGCAGAUACAGCAGCGGCAGAUGCAGCAGCAGCAGGUGCAGCAGCAGAAGAGGACGCAGCGGAAGAUGCAGCAGCAGCAGAUACAGCAGCGGCAGAUGCAGCAGCAGUAGAUGCAGCAGCAGUAGAUGCAGCAGCAGCAGAUACAGCAGCAGCAGCAGCAGCAGAUGGAGCAGCAGCGGAUGCACAGGCAGCUGAAGAAGCAGCAGCCGAUGCAACAGCAGCAAAUGCAGCAGCAGCAGCAGCAGAUGCAGAAGCAGCAGCAGCAGCAGCAGGAACAGCAGCAAGAGUAAUGCACUGCGCAGCACCUACAGACAAAACGGAAGAUGGUGCAGCAGCCACAGCAGCAGCAGUAGCAGCAACGACAGCAACAGCAACAGCAGCAGCAGCAGCAGCAGCAGCAGCUUGUCUUCCUGCACUGGAUAAAUUUUCUGGUGAGCAAAGCAGCGCAGCAAAAACGCCGCCUGCAGCAGCAGCAGCAGCGACAGCAGCAGCAGCAGCGACAGCAGCAACCGCAGCAGCAGCAGCAGCAGGACGAGGUUUUGAUGCUGCACCAGGAGCUGCUGAAGCACCAGGUGGCAUGCAACCUGCUGCUGCUCUUGCUGCUGCUGCUGCUGCUGCUGCAGAAACAGCAGCAGAAGCAAAAUCCGCAGCAGCUGAGAAUCUUCCGUCCGGCAGCGCGUGGCAGCAACAAAUGCAGCAGCAGCAGCAGCAGCAGCAGCAGCAGCGAGACCAGCCACAGCAGCAGCAAGCGAAGCAGGAGCAGCAGCAGCAGCAACUGCAGCACCAAAAGCAGCAGCUGCUGCUGCCUCCGAUGCUGCAGCUGCUUGUUAAGGGGACGCUGCCUCCGAGCCCCCUCUACCAGCAGCAGCAGCUAAGUGACACAGCAGCAGCAGCAGCAGCAGCAGCAGCAGCAGCAGCAAUAUCGCGGGAAGAAUUGCUCACUGCUGCUGAUUUCGCCGUGUACAGCCAGAAGCAGCAGCAACUACAGCAGCAGCAGCAACAGCAGCAAAAGCAGCAGCAGCAGCAGCAGCAGCAACACGGCGGCUCGUGGACGCUGCUGGGAAGGAUGAAGGCCCGUGCUGCAGCAGCAGCAGCAGCAGAAAAGUGCAGCAGCAACUCAUGCAUGCGUCGGCUGCUGCGCACUGUUGCUGCUGCUGAAGCAACAAGAGCAGCACCUGCUGCAGCAGCAGCCCCAGACAUUGCUGCUGCUGCAGCAGCGACUACUGCUGCUGCUGCUGCACCUUCUGUUGCUGCUGCGGCUCACCAGGCUGCAGCAGCUGCUUCGAAGGGAGCAGCAGCCACGGCGGCUGCAGAGACGCCAGCAGCAGCCAACGAAGCAGCAGCAGCAACAGCAGCAGCAGCAGCAGCAGCAGCAGCAGCAGCAACUGCUGCUGCUGCUGCGUCCAAAGGAAAGUCCAAAAGACCCUUCCGCCUGGAUGCUGCAUUUUUUGCCCCACCCUUUAUUUCAGGUAUAUAUCCAGCAGCAGCAGCAGCAGCACCUGCAGCAGCAGCAGGGCGGCCUGCAGCAGCAGCAGCAGCAGAUGCUGCUGCUGCUGCAGCAGAUGUGGCUGCUGCAGCGGCUGCUGUGUGCGCCAGCGAGGCGCAGCAGCAGAUGCUGGCAGCAUCGCUUGCAGUGUCCACCUCUCUGCUUGUCCCCAGCAGCAGCAGCAGCAGCAACAGCAGCAGCAGCAGCAGCAGCAGCAGCAGCAGCAGCGGCGGCUUCGCUUCAAAGGUCCCAACACAGGCAGCAGCAGCAGCAGCAACUAAGAGCAGCACAUCCCGGCUGCAGCGGCUUUUGCAGGAGACAAAAGAAGCAAAAGAAGAUUUGCUGCAGCAGCAGGAAAGAGAAGAAAGGGAAGGUAAUGCAGCAGCAGCAGCAGCAGCAGCAGCACCUGCAGCAGCAGCAGCAGCAGCAGCCUCACUACCAGCGAAGUUGGCAGCAACAAAGCCUUCGAAAGCAGCAGCAGCAGCAGCAGUGGUGUUUUCGUUUGCCUCUCUGCAAGAGCAACAGACAGGCCGCUGCUGCUGCUGCUGCUGCUGA